CGGAUUUAUCUUUAUUUCAUUUUAUUCUGUGUCUAGUCGAGCUACAUAGCAUACGUAUCAGUGGAUUUCAAAUAAAUGGCCAAAUACUAAACUAAAAUAAUUGUUUUAAAAAAACUUAUUACAAACAACUGAACUAAACCAAUAUGAGAUUACUAAACCUUUUGUUCUUUUCUUGGCCUGGUUGAUCUAUUGUUUUCGUAUUUUAAAGUGAAAAAGUGUCUUCUUGUUUAGAAUAAUAAUAUUUGUAUCUACUUCCAAAAUGUACACGAAUGUAUUUGUAGUUUAUUUUACAUUAUUAAAUGUUAUUUACUAUGUCUACGGAGUGACAACGCCGGAUGGGAAGCCAAGCAGUAAGAGCAAGGAGUACUGCUACGCGCGGGUAUCAGCCUGCGAGAUCAGCGACGGUCACCAGCCGGUUUGUGGGACAGAUGGCAGGACCUACCCCUCCAAGUGUCGGCUGCUGAGGGCCCAGUGCACGGGGGAGGCCGUCACCAUGGCCCACAAGGGGCCCUGCGCAGAAGGCCAGAGCUCAUGCCUGUCAACGCUGCGCUACGCCCUGAGCGAGAAGGAGGGCGGGCGGGCGGCCUUCACCCCUCGCUGCCGGUCGGACGGCGCCUACGCGGCGGUCCAGUGCCAUGCGGCGCGCGGAGGCGGCUGCUGGUGCGUCACCCCUGACGGGAAGCCAGUGCCUAAUACCACCGUGAGGAAUGGGAAGCCUGACUGCACUAGAACAGGCAAGUCGCACGCUAAGCGGAGGUCUUCAGCCCGCGGCCAAAGAAACAAAAAGAGUUGCUCGCGCGCGGACCGUGGCUUAUUCAACGGCAAUCUCCUAAAGAUCUUCAGUGGAGAGUACGAGCGGGGCCGCUCGGGGGCGAAGCCUCUGGAGCACCCGGCCGUGGCCGAGUGGAAGUUCCAGGAGCUGGACCGCGACCGCAGCGGAGCGCUCGAGAAGCCCGAGUACAGGGGGCUGAGGCGGCUCAUCAAGAAGGUGGUGAAGCCGAAGCGUUGCGCGCGCGCAUGGGCACGCGGCUGCGACGCGGACGGGGACGGGGCCAUCGCGCGCGGGGAGUGGGCCGCGUGCCUGCUCGCCUCGGCCGAGCCGCCCGCGCCGGACUUCUCGCUCCGUUUCUUCAUGUCGCUGACCGCAGACGACGACGCGGCGCGCGAGCCCGAGCCCGACUACGAGGAGGAGCCUGCGUUGGUGCCCAGCUCUGUAAUGUUUCCAGUCCUGCCGGGGCUGAUGCGUCCGUCGUUCCCCUCGGGCGCUGAACAGGAGAACAGGAGGGAGGACGAGGCUGACUGCCUGUCCGACAGACAGGCGGUGCUGGAUGAACAGAAAUCCGGCCUCUCAUCUCUAUCAACCCUCUACGUGCCGGAGUGCACGGGCGACGGUCGCUACGCUCGCGCCCAGUGCUACAGAACAACUCCGUACUGCUGGUGUGUGCAUCAGGACACCGGCAAGCCCAUCCCAGGGUCUGCUGUGAAGGACAGGAGUCCUGACUGUGACGCCGCGCCGCAUUAUACUAGCCCUAUGAAGGGGUGCCCAGAACCAAUGAAGACAAAUUUCCUACGUGAUCUCAUCAACCUAUUCAUUGUUAAAAUGACGACUUCAACAAACGGAUCGGCACCUGGCCACAGUGACAUGGUGAAGUGGGGAGCCAGCAAGGAGGAGCAGGCGGCGACGUGGACCUUCGUCAUGUUGGACAAGGACAAGAACAAGGCGCUCGACCGACGGGAGUGGAAGGCCUUUCAUCAGCUGAUAGCUACUGCUGAGCAGCUCCGUCGCUGCGGCCGCAAGCUGCCCCGCUACUGCGACGUGAACCACGACAACAAGAUCAGCAUCACGGAGUGGCUCGCCUGCCUCGACGUGUCGCAGGCCGUGCAUGGGAAGACUGUUGAGACUACCAAGACACCUACAAAUCCACGAAGAAAAGGUCCAAAUCCAUUGGAAUCAAUACUGAAAGCGGACGAUUAACAGUAAACGACUUUCAAUCACAUUUUAACAUUACUGAUACCGAUACUUUAAAAUGUGUUAAAAUGGUGUUAAGUCUGGUGCGUCAAGAUUUUGCACGGCAUAUAAACAGAAACAUUUGAACGCACUUUAUAAAUAGAAAAUUUUGUAGCCGUCAGUUUUGUUGUUGUUGUGGUAGUCACUAAAUUAUCUUAUUUAUUUAUUACAAUAUGCAUUAGCAUGUUUAUAUUAAGUAGGGACAACAUUAUAGUUCCAUGAUUUUGACUUAUGUAUAGUGAAAGUAUUAUGCUGACUAAUUUAUAUAGUUCUUCUCAGAUCAAUUUUAGUAUUAUUAUUUUAUGACACAGAAAAAAACUGCCAGUGCAUCACAACUAUUAUUAAUAUUUUAUACAUACUUUGUUAAUAAAAGAUACAUUCAUUUAACUUAUAUAAAACGCAAUCUUUCAUGACAUGUAUUAAAUAUACUCAUAUGACUCACAUACAUAACUACUUAUAAAUACUUAUAUACCAUUUCUAUUAAAUAUGCUUACUCAAGAUCACCGUUGGUUGUCGACGAUAUUAUGUAUUGCUAAUGAAAUAAUUAUUAGGUAUUUAUAAUACGGUAGCUAUGUAGCUAUUACCUGAAAUAAAUGACUAAUAUUUAUUAAAUUGUGGCCAUAUAUCUGCUAGGAAACAUUCUUUCGAAUUGGACGAUAGGAACGCAUUCUUCAUUCAUUUAUGUAUUCAUACUUUAUAUGCAUUUAACGAUAUCAUCACAUUUAAUUGAACUGAGCUUUAUUGGAUUGUCCUGAAAAUAGAGGACAAAUUAUUUGUUUGUAAUUUGAUGUUGUGUGUCUCGUAUUGUUUUAUGUUGUUGAAGUACUUUUCAUCACAGACUUGCUAUUCAAAAAUAGUGAAUUAUAUUUAUGUACGCUGCGAUGCAUUGCAUUUACUGAUUAUUAAGAACAAUGAUGUAUUCAUAGUAUUUAAUUUAAUUAGUCACUAUUUAAUCAUAAGGCAUAUGUGAUAUUUUUUUAUUCUUAUUAUAACCAUUAUGAAAUAAAUGGAAUAAUUUAAUAUAGAA